GAACUCAUUUAUUUAGGACAUUAAAUUAUGUUCAAAAGUAAAUAAAAAUAAAUUUGCGGUACAAAUUAAGAUAUAAUAUUUGUUUGAAUUAAAAAUUAAAAAAGAGUAGAAGCCUAAGUAGGAAAUAGAAUUUUUAGAGCGUUUUUUAAAUCGCUUAUUUCGUACUUAAUUAAUGUCUACUUAUAAAAUUACUGUGGUUGAUUACCUAGGUCAUAAACAUAAGUAAUAUUACGAUAAUUAUUAUAAUAACAAUAGGUUCUUAUAUAGUAUAAAAAUGCGGAGAUUUAAAUAACAAAGCCGGUUCGAUGUCACCGUUGGCAUCUGGAAAGAAUAAUUUGUUACAAGAGCUCGAUUAUCCCGCGCUAACUGAAGGCCAAUUUGCUUCUAGAAGGGCGGGCGGGGAUCAUGCGCAGCUAGCCAGCUAGUCGCUUCGUGUCUCCCGCGAUCCAUUCACGAGUGCGCGCGCGGCCCAUAUCACCACUACGGUGCCGCGAUGUGGCGCGCCUGGUACUUCAUCCUGUGCUUAGUGCCAGCUAGUCGACAGAUAUCAAUUACGGAGUUUACAGUACCUCAUGCGGUGCAAGCCGGGGAAGACGCGGAGCUACAAUGUCGAUAUGAUUUGAAUCCUGGCGAGUCGGAUAAGGGACUCUACGUGAAAUGGUGGUGGACACCACUGAACGCCACCAGCGACCAGAUGCAUCAGAUUUAUCAAAGGAUAAUCGGGCUUGAACCUGUGACAAUUCACAGUACCAUUAAUUUAGAAUUAUUAGAAAACGAUGGUAUUCGGUUAGUGAAUGUCACACCAGCGGACUCUGGGACCUAUGAAUGUGAAGUUUCUAAUAUCGAUGAGGUACGAGAACAUCAGGAGUUACUAGUUUAUUCCAUAGGCACUGGUCCGCAACUUAAUAUCUCCAUGGCAUCAGACGGACCGGAAGUGAACGAAGAAACAAACGACGAUGAGGAAGAGCUAAUAGUCACAUGCGAGGCUAGUGACGUCGCCCCUUAUCCAGAGCUAUCAAUUACUGUGGAUGGGAAUAUAGCCAACACAUCAGAAACUGUAAAUGGCCCUAUUGAAGGACUGUACGAUAUAUUUGCGAAUGCAACUGUUUCUAAGAAAUUAGCUGACGGUGCAGAAAUACGCUGUGAACUUUUCUUUAAAAAUGAUAAUAUCUCGCAUCCUGCUUAUGUAGACAUCGAGACAUUCAGUACAUCAGGCGCCGAGGUAUCCACUACAGAAGUGCCCGAGAACAUCACUGCUCCUGAUGUGGUCUUCGAUACUUUACAAAAUCUAAAUGGCGGAAAAUGUCUCCGCAUUUCUCGGUCUCUGAUCUUUGGGCUACUACUACCUUCGUUGCUUUACACUUUUUCGCUUGAAUUGUGUAAAUAAUAAGAUAAUGUGAUACUAAUAAAUAAAUGUAUAAUAAUUAUUUAAUAUUAAUAUGUAUAUCUCUAAACUCAUAUACAUUUUAGUUUAUAAUAAAAUUUUAU